AUGGAUAACUAUCACCGGAUGAUUCAUAUUUACAGCCAAUUGCUGGAUGUCGAACCACAACAAGACACAGCAGAAAGCUAUUUUAGAGAUUUCCUUACAACUCCGUUUCUUUUCACAGCACUCAAUUCAACACUGAAUAAUAUAGACGUUAGAGCAAAAGCCAAACCAGCACAUUUGGAAAUACUGAAAAAUCUGAUACAGCACGCCUUGGAGAUCUUAAAGGAGCAACUAGAUACUAGAACACAAGAAAAUGAAGUAACUGAUUGGCCACUAGUCAACAAUGUGCUGAAUAUACUGAGGGUUAUUCUUAAGAACGUUCUAACCAGGAAACUCAGCUCUAAUUCCAGCAAGAAGCAGUUGGAUAAUAACCAGAUAUUGGUUGGUAUCUUCGGUAAUGUGGAUGUUGUGGAAAGUAGCGCUAGAGAGCUGAUCUAUUUCACAGAUCACUUUCUAUCAAUUGUUCCCAAUGACAAGGAUUCUUGUCACGCUGUCAUAUAUUCAACUAGGGAAAGCAGUUUGGAGUUAUUGGAUUCCCUUUUGGUAGGAUUCCAUGACACUAUGGUUUUAGAUUUACUAUUUGAAAAGGACACUUUCUUUGUAGGGCUGCUGUCAAUCUUACAGGAUGCUGGACACAGCGAUGCGGAUGAUACCUUUGAUUCUGUGGUUGUGAUGAAAGUAUUCAGGUGUCUUGCAAUUUUGUUUUCAAACAAAGAAGUCAACCAUAAUAUCUACAAAGGUUUGCUAAAUACUCAUAUUAUCUCUCAGAAUGAAAAAGAGAUCAAUUUGAUAGAUAAAUGGCUUUUCCAAUGGUUCAUCUUGGCCACCAAGUGUUAUGAAGAGUUCUCUCCAGAUCUUCUGUUUCAAGAGGAGAAAAGGACCUCUCUUUUUCACCUGAUGACUUUCAACAGAUUCAAUUUCAAUUCUAAUACCAACACUCAUUAUUCACAGUUGCUAACUGAUCAAUUGAUUCCCAAGUUUUGGGAUCGACAGUUAGAACGUUAUAAAGAUAGUUGUGAAUCAAAUAUGGAAAAUUUCAACCACUCUCCUUUGUUGCCUGUACCAGAAUUGUUGCCUGUGAUGGUCUUUUUUACCGCAUUAAUAGCGGAAGAUGAUUUUUACUGCCAGCUGUUUGCCACAAGAAGAUCCGACGUUGAUUUUCUUGAGGUGUUUCUGUCGUUCAACUCGUAUGUAAUGACUUUUCAGCACUACUCACCCACUCACAAGCUUGUUACCAGAAUGUCAUUACAAAUACUCCACAAGUUACUUAUUUCCUGUAGCUCCAAGCUGGUGCCUUAUACAAUCAAUCAACGAAAAAUAAAACCCUCCUAUCAGCGAAGACCACUAAUCAACCCAGUUGGAGUAUUUGAUUUGCAUGAGGCAAAACUGGAUGGAGAGCAAUUAGUAUCCGAUCCCCAGUUUAUCACCAAUAAGUGUUCGAUUUACUACAUUCUUGACGACGUACAGAGAUACUCUCGAUAUAAUUUGACUCAGAAACUAGAGCUGGACAACUACAAGUUGGUGAACAACAUUGUCUUGAAAUCAUUACAGAUACUAUCCGAUAACGACCUACUAAACUAUUCGUACAAGAAUAGCGGAGCCGAAGGAAGAUACAACUGGGUCGACUUUUGGGACACCCAGUUUCAAGUGGUUCAAUUUAUUUCAAAGUUAGUUAGCAAGCACAAGAUGGAUGUCUCUAACAAACAGUUGGGUUCAAUAGUAGAGGAGAUACUUAUAAUUGUGGAGUUUGUUUUGAACGAUUGGGGAAAACAGCAAUUAUUUCUUGGUCCCCAUCAACUCAUUGAGGAUACGACUUCAAUUUUACUACAACUGAUAUACCGAAUCCUGGAGCACAAUUCAGAUCUGUUUUACUUAAUAAAAACUUUUGAGUUAGAUAUCUCACUUCUAAACUACAGGAAUAUAUUGGAUGUUUUCGAACUUUUCAGCAGAGAGUUCAAGAUCAAUUUUGAAGAGGAAGCUUCAGCUACCACCAGUGAAACAAGUUUUGCGGAAGUAAUUUCCAAAAUAAAAGUUUUCAUAAACACACAACCGAAAGGGGAUAAGCAAUCAAAAAUUUUGCAAAUCAACAAGGAUUUAUUCAAAUUUGAAACAACCUUCGAAUACUUAGAUGACCCUAAUUUUAGAAAUAAUGGUACCACAUUAGCCUUGAAGGAAUUACUGAAGCCAAAGAAAAUGACUCAAUAA